AACAGUCAAAAAAGGAAAAAAAAAAAAAAAAACCCAACGAUCCACUCACACUCACUACCUGUUCACGGCGGCGCUUCGCCACAAUAAUCUCGUCACCUCCGCCGCCUCACUUCCGUGAUGUCAAUCAUGCAAUCGUUUCUCCACCAAUGCCCCGCCGCGUCCGUGAAGCUCAGCAUAUCAUGCUGCUCCGUCGCAUCGCCGGCGACGGUUGUGAGAGGAAAUGAAGAAGGAGAAAGGAAAACGAAAGAAAGAAGUGAGAUAAGGAUAGGUUUGCCGAGUAAAGGUCGAAUGGCUUCUGAUACUCUUGAUCUCUUCAAAGAUUGUCAAUUAUCAGUGAGGCAUACUAAUCCACGGCAAUACGUUGCUGAUAUUCCUCAGCUAGCAAACUUAGAAGUCUGGUUCCAACGUCCAAAAGACAUUGUACGUAAAUUGGUAUCAGGAGACCUGGACAUUGGUAUAGUUGGUCUUGAUACAGUUAGCGAAUAUGGACAGGGGAAUGAAGAUCUAAUCCUUGUUCACGAUGCACUUGCAUAUGGAGAUUGUCGCUUAUCUCUUGCAAUUCCUCAAUAUGGGAUUUUUGAGAACAUCAAUUCAGUUAAGGAGCUAGUGCAAAUGCCUCGGUGGACUGCUGAGAAUCCCCUAAGAGUUGCCACUGGUUUCACUCAUCUGGGUUCUAAAUUUCUAGAAGAAAAUGGUCUUCACCAUGUCGCCUUUUCAACCGCUGAUGGAGCACUAGAAGCAGCUCCUGCUAUGGGUAUAGCUGAUGCUAUUGUGGAUCUCGUUAGUAGCGGAGUCACACUGAAAGAGAACAAUCUUAAAGAAAUUGAAGGCGGAGUAUUGUUAGAAAGUCAGGCUGUUAUGGUUGCUAGCAGGAAGUCCUUAGUCCAGCGGAAAGGUUUAUUGGACAUCACUCAUGAAAUUCUUGAAAGAUUUGAGGCACAUCUGAGGGCACUUGAUCAGUUUACAGUAGUUGCCAACAUGAGAGGAAACAGUGCUGAGGAAGUAGCUGAGCGGAUCCUGAGUCAGCCAUCACUAUUUGGGCUGCAGGGACCAACUAUAAGUCCAGUUUUCCGCAAAGUUGAUGGUGUAGAGACACCUGAUUAUUAUGCUAUAGUCAUUUGCGUGCCUAAAAAGUCACUGUACAAAUCAGUUCAGCAGCUGAGAGCAAUCGGAGGUAGUGGAGUUUUGGUGUCUCCUCUGACCUACAUUUUUGAUGAGGAAACUCCAAGAUGGCGUGAGCUUCUCUCAAAGCUCGGGCUUUGACUUGUUAUGAAGUCAAUUAUUACUUCUUGCGUGAUCCACAUCUCUACCAUUACUGUUUGUAUUUUCAAUCCAACUUGGUUUUAGCCUUUUUAAUUCUGUAUUGAGUUAUCUGCUCAUGUUGUAUUUUGAAAAUCGUCUGUAAUUGUUUUGCUGUAAGAUGCUUGUAGUUUCUCUACAAUAAUAUCAGCAUGUAUGAAGAGUUAACAAUUCUUCAUUGUGAUUGCUCAAGUAGUAUUACUUUCGAAUGCGAAUAAAUUGUGUUUAGUUUACAA